AUGGAAAAUUACACGAGCUACAACACUCGAACUAUCCUGUUCGCUGCAACCGGCUCGUUGUUUGCCGGGUUUGCCCUGGCCGUCAUCACAACCACUCUAGGUCAACCAACCUUCUAUGAGUCUCUGUCCUUGGAGGCCGACCCUACAGCUCCGGGCUAUUCUCACACCAACACGAUCAUCGGGGCGGUCAAUGGAGUGUUCUUCGCGGGAGGCUUCUUUGGCACCUUGUUCUCCGGAUGGACAGCCGACAGAUUUGGUCGCCUGAAUGGGUUUCGCAUCGCGGGUGUAAUGGGUGUGGUCGGAGCGGCCAUUCAGACCGGAUCAGUCAAUGUUCCAAUGUACCUUGUUGCUCGGGUCAUCACAGGUCUCGCCGCUGGCAAUACUCUUGCUGCGAUGCCCACAUACUACGCCGAAGUGUCGCCGCCGCACUCUCGCGGCAUGAUGACUGGUGCUCAUGGAAGUUUUGUGAAUGCUGGCUACUUUUUGGCCGGCUGGAUAGGGUUCGGCUGCUUCCAUGCCCCAAGCACCACCUUUUCGUGGAGAUUUCCAAAUGCCGUUCUUUGUCUGCUUGGUCUUGUUCUCAUCACCGGUACUUUCUUUAUUCCAGAAAGCCCUCGAUGGCUUUUACAGCGCGGUCGACGCGACGAAGCCUUCAAGACACUUUGCAAGUUGCACCAUGACCCCAACGACACAGAGGAACACUUUGCCCGGCGGGAACUGGCUCUCAUCGAACGCCAGCAGGCUGUCGAUGCUGCCGUCCUGGCUGAAGACGGCAAAUGGCAGCUGUUCACUGCCAAAACGUACCGCAAGCGACUCAUCCUGGGAUUUCUUGUCAUGGCUGGUGGGCAAAACAACGGAACAUUGGUGAUAAACAACUACACUGUGUUGCUCUACAGGUCCUUAGGCCUCAACGCGGAGAUAUCUCUGAUGCUCAGUGCUAUAUACAACACACUUGCCGCGAUUGCGAACUUCGUCGGCGCCUACUAUAGUGACAAAAUGGGACGGAGAAAGGCCCUGUUGGUGGGCUUUACCCUCAACAUGUCAAUGUUCAUCAUCGCCACCGGCCUCAUUGGCAAAUACAGUUAUACUCCAUCCCAAGGCCUCGCUGCAGCUGCAGUGGUGUUCUUGUAUCUCUAUGUGAUUGCAUACGGCGGCUUGAUUGACAUCAAUCAAUUCACCGCCGUCACCGAGAUUUUCCCGUCCCACCUCCGCAGCCAGGCGACGUCCUACGCCGUCUCUGCCAUCUUCCUCAUGGAUGUCCUGUGGCUUGAGCUGUCGCCGACCGCCCAAGCGACCAUCGGGUGGAAAUACUAUUUGGUCUUUGUGUGUCUGGGUAUUGCCCACACGGUGCAUAUCUAUUUCUUCCUACCAGAUGUGAGGCUCAAGACCCCCCUUCCUUGUAUCCGUACGGCGCACGAUUGGUGGGCCAUAUAUGCUAAAGAAUAUCUGGCUAACCUCCUCGGGCUGCAGGCGAACGGUAUGGCGCUGGAGGAAAUCGACGCGCUCUUCGGAAAGAAGGUCGCCGCACACUUGACGGACAAUAACUUGGAAGAGGAGAAAUCCAGCCCCGGCACUCCGCCUGCCGACCUUCUCUCCAAGGAGGGCCAGACUACUACGCAUGUCGCGACCGUCUGA